AUGGAGUGGAGGAGCAAUUUGGGUUUUACGGAGCGAUUGAGGGCCAUCCAGUCUCUCACUGCGGUAUACCAGCAAACAUCGUCAUCCGCGGCCUUUGCUGAGGCUCAGGCAGAGGCGAGAAGAUAUGAGACUGAGGCCUACGAUCAGGCCACUUCCAAGGAGGAAUAUGACCGAAUGUGCCAGCAAGCGAUUGAUGCUGCAGAGACCAAAUCUGUGGUGGCGCCGGUCAUCAAUGGCUCGGACGACGUGCACAAUGUCUCCCAAGAGCUAGAGCCAGAGCCAGCUUCAUCAGGGUCGUCAGCAGGGGAAAUAUUUGGACAGUAUACCUCCUGCUUCCAUCAUUAUGGUGGGCUUCAAUCCACGAUCUACAAAUCCACGGCCAAGGACGGCACAGUGCGUGCCGUGAAGAUUACUAUCCCGCAUCUGAUGGCAGCACCUCACGAUGCCCAACGCGAAGCGCGAUUGCUGCGCGAGGCGGUUGGCCCUCAUGUAAUUCCUCUAGUUGAGACGUUCAACUUGGACGGGGGCCGGUUGGCUUUGGUGUUUCCAUUUUUGCAAUAUGACUUUGCGAGGUUGCUCGAGCGAGACAUGGUCACUGCUACACAGACACGGUCUAUCCUGCGUGACAUGUUUCAGGGUCUUGCGCACAUUCAUAAAUUGGGGAUUAUCCAUCGAGAUGUCAAACCCUCCAAUAUUCUGAUGAGCUCGCCCGAUGGGCCAGCCUACUUGGCGGACUUUGGGAUUUCGUGGAAAGAAGGCGACCCCGGAUCUGAGCCCAGUGAUCUGAAAAUCACUGACGUAGGGACCACUAGCUACCGAGCUCCCGAGGUUUUGUUUGGGUACAAGGCAUACGGAACUCCGCUUGAUCUCUGGGCCGCUGGCUGUGUAGUGGCCGAAGCUAUUACCGUUGGACAUGGCGAGCUGUUUGAUUCAGGGCCCGUGGGAAGCGACCUCUCCCUUAUCCACUCCAUUUUCAGCACCCUGGGAACUCCAGAUGAACAAACCUGGCCGGAGGUUCAUGUAUUGCCAGACUGGGGCAAGGUCGAAUUCUACGCCUUUCCGGCACAAUCCUGGGAGGACAUCCUCCCAGCAGUCUCCUCCAAUGGCCGCGACCUGACCCGUCGCUUACUUCGCUACCAGAGCAGCGAGCGACAUUCCGCUGACGAGGCACUCCGACAUCCGUAUUUCUCCACCGUUUAA